CCUCCCGGGUUAAAAUGGAAGGCUGUGGGAGUCCUGAGGCUGUGUUCCGGCUUCCGCCCUUCGCCGGGCGGCGGCGCUGGCACUCUGUCCUCGGAAGCCUCCCCGACCCUGGCAGCCCCUACGUUCUCGGUUGACCCUCUCUUCCCUUGCCGACCCCCCACCCCCAGAGGUUCUCCAUCCCUCCUCUGAACCUUUUGUCCCCUCCUGACCAUCCCCUCCGCCCCCGGCAGGCCGUCUGUCCCUGGCAGCCCCGCACCCCAUGAAUUUUGAGCCUGGCCCGGCAUGGACAGGGAGACGCGGGUGUUCGCAGAGAGCCAUUUCCGAGGCCUCCGGGGGCGUCUCCCCGGCGGGGUCUGCCCCACCCCCGACCGUGUGGACUUUAUCGAGACGCCGGACUCCUUUUCCUACACGGAUUUCUUCAAGGGUUACCUGCUGCCCAAUGUGCCCUGUGUUUUCUCCAGCGCCUUCACCGAGGGCUGGGGCAGCAGGAGGCACUGGGUGACACCCAGUGGGAAGCCCGACUUCGAUUAUCUGCUUCAGAAUUAUGGAGAUGUAGUUGUACCUGUUGCAAACUGCGGGGUCCAGGAGUACAACUCGAACCCUAAAGAACACAUGCACCUCAGAGAUUACAUCAGCUACUGGAAAGACUUCAUCCAGGGAGACUACUCCUCUCCACGAGGCUGUCUCUACCUCAAAGACUGGCACCUGUGCAGGGACUUCUCUGCCGAGGGCCUAUUCACCCUGCCUGUGUACUUCUCAUCCGACUGGCUCAACGAGUACUGGGACGCCCUGGAUGUGGACGACUACCGUUUCAUCUACAUGGGGCCCACUGGCACCUGGUCACCGUUCCAUGCCGACAUUUUCCGCUCCUUCAGCUGGUCUGUCAACAUCUGCGGGAGGAAAAAGUGGUUAUUCUUCCCACCAGGGCAGGAAGAAGCCCUGCGGGAUUGCCAUGGGAGCCUGCCCUUCGAUGUGACUGCCCCCGCAUUCCUGGAUAGCCGCCUGUGCCCUGUGCCCAAGCACUGUAGCCCACCGCUGGAGGUCACACAGGAGGCAGGCGAGAUGGUGUUUGUGCCCAGCGGGUGGCACCACCAAGUACACAACCUGGAGGACACUAUCUCCAUCAACCAUAACUGGGUCAACGGCUGUAACCUGGCCAACAUGUGGCAUUUCCUGCAGCAGGAGCUCUGUGCCGUGCAGCGAGAGGUCAGCGAGUGGAGGGACACCAUGCCUGACUGGCACCACCACUGCCAGGUCAUCAUGAAGUCAUGCUCUGGGAUUAAUUUUGAAGAAUUUUACCACUUCCUCAAGGUCAUUGCUGAAAAGAGGCUCCUCCUAGCAAAGGAGAUAGACCCUGGGGAAGUGGAGUGCAGUGAGCGUUCUGGGCUGGGCCCCCAGCAGACCAUUUUUGACAUCUGCCGCAUUGCUGAGGUGCUGGCAUCUGUGGUGGUCAACCCCGACUUCCAGAGAGUGGAUACCAGCAUGUUUUCGCCACGACCAGAGGAUCUCCUGCAGCAGCUGGAGGAGGUUGUGGCUGCCACGGAGUCCCUUUAGUGUGUGCCAUGAGGAUCACAAGACACAUCCUGACAGGACCCAUCCUGACACAUCCUGAGGCACUGGUAUGGAAAGGCAGUUGCCCUGCUGCAGGAUCCCUCCCAAAAAUAAAGCUCCAUCCUCCUCUGCAGGCUGGGACAUGCCGCCUCCCUGCUGAGCCUUGUUG